AUGACCGUCGCCGAGUCGGUGAAAAGCGCCGUUGGUCUUGCGGAGACUACCGCUACCCGGCAAGAGAUGUCCGAUGCUCGUCUCCCCCUCCAGUACCGGGAUUCCUGCGCACACCUUUUGAUCCCCUUGAACCGAUGCCGGCAGCAGGAGUACUACCUCCCCUGGAAGUGCGAGGACGAGAGACACAGCUAUGAAAAAUGCCAGUACGAGGAAUUCAAGAAGCGCGUUGCCAAGAUGGACGAGCUGCGGGCUGCGAAGAACGGCGCCCGGUCCAAUUGA